GCGAAUUUUACAAUCUUCGGUACCACACAGGACAAUGACCUAAUAAUAUGGUUAAUAAUCACUGAACUGAUAAAAAAAAAAAGCCAACUCACUAUUUAAAGAGAGAUUUUAACAACAGAUAAAGGGAUGGACUCCUUGCUACUGGUGUAGGAUCUAAGUCCAGGUAUACAGUAGAGACUGGGUCACCUGGCUUGCACUGCUUGUUUAUGAUCUCUCUAACAGUAAAAGCUUGACACAGGUGGUCGUUUCAAACCAAGCAUCAACUACAAUUGAAAACACUCAAUGAUGGACCCAAAUCAACAUUUGAAAAAGACAGCAGAGACAACACCUUCAGAGAAAAGGGAAACUAGAUGCUGCAAUGGAUUCAGGAUGUUCUUAGUAGCCCUGUCACUCAGCUUUAUGUGUAAGGCACUCGGUGGAGUUGUUAUGAAAAGUUCCAUCACUCAGAUAGAAAGGAGAUUUGACAUAUCAUCUUCUGUUUCUGGCUUAAUUGAUGGAGGCUUUGAAAUGGGAAAUUUGUUUGUGAUUGUAUUUGUGAGUUACUUUGGAUCCAAACUACACAGACCAAAGAUAAUUGGAAUUGGUUGCUUCAUUAUGGGAACUGGAAGUAUUUUGACUGCUUUACCACAUUUUUUUAUGGGCUAUUACAGGUAUUCUAAAGAAAGUCUUGUCAAUCCAUCAGAAAAUUUAACAACAAGCUUUUCAACCUGUUCAAUUAGUGAAAAUUUUUUACUCAAUAGUACAUCACCUAAGAUAGUAGAAAAAGGUUGUGAAAAGGAAUCUGGAUCAUAUCUAUGGAUAUAUGUACUACUGGGUAAUAUGCUCCGUGGAAUUGGGGAAACCCCCAUAGUCCCCUUGGGGAUUUCUUAUAUUGAUGAUUUUGCUGAAACAGGACAUUCUUCUUUUUAUUUAGGUACUUUGCAUGCAAUAUCAAUGAUUGGUCCAAUCAUUGGCUUUAUACAGGGAUCUCUGUUUGCUAAAAUGUACGUGGAUAUUGGAUAUGUAGAUCUCAGCAGUAUCAGAAUUACUCCUAAGGACUCUCGUUGGGUUGGUGCUUGGUGGCUUGGUUUCCUUGUGGCUGGACUAUUAUCCAUUAUGUCCUCCAUUCCAUUCUUUUUCCUUCCCCAAAAUCUGGAUAAACCACAGAAAGAAAGUAAAGAUUUAGGAUCUUCGCAUUUCCUCAAAACAAAUGAGAAAAGGAGUCAAAUAGCUAAUGUGACCAACCAUGGGCAAAAUAUUAGUGAAAAUAUAACUGAUUUUUUCCAGUCCUUGAAAAGCAUCCUUACCAAUCCCCUAUAUGUUAUAUUACUGUUUUCAUCAUUGCUACUUUCCAGCAGCCAUAUUGGUGCUAUUACUUAUGUCUUCAAAUACAUAGAGCAACAGUAUGGUCAGUCAGCAUCUGAGGCUAACGUUUUUCUUGGAACCAUAACCUUACCAACUGUUGCAACUGGAAUAUUUACAGGAGGAUAUAUCAUUAAAAAAUUCAAACUUAGCUUGCUUGGAAUUGCCAAAUUAUCAUUUUGUACCAGUGCAUUGGCCCUCAUAUUUCAACAAUUCAACUUUGCAGUAAUUUGUGAAAGCAAAUCAGUUGCUGGCCUAACAUUGACCUAUGAUGGAAAUAAUCCAGUGGCAUCUCACAUAAAUGUACCACUUUCUUAUUGCAACUCAGACUGCAAUUGUGAUGAAAGUCACUGGGAACCUGUCUGUGGAGCCAAUGGAGUAACUUACAUGUCACCUUGUCUAGCAGGUUGCAAAUCUUCAAGUGGCAAUAAAAAGUCUAUAGUGUUUUAUAACUGUAGUUGUGUGGAAGUAACUGGUGUCCAGAACAAAAAUAAUUCAGUGAAUUUGGGUGAAUGCCCAAGAGACAAUCAUUGUACAAAAAAAUUUUAUAUUUAUGUACUGGUGCAAGUCUUGAACUAUUUUUUCUCUUCAUUGGGAAGCACCCCAACUAUCAUGCUGGUUUUUAAAAAUGUUCAACCUCAGCUGAAAUCCCUUGCAGUGGGUUUCCAUUCACUAACUAUACGAGCAUUAGGAGGAAUUCCAGCUCCUAUAUAUUUUGGGGCUCUGAUUGAUAAAACAUGUAUGAAGUGGUCUACCAGCAGCUGUGGGAAACGAGGGUCUUGCAGGUUGUAUAACUCCAGAUUAUAUGGAAAUACCUACUUGGGCUUGAUUGUGAGCUUAAGAUUUUCAGCACUUAUUCUGCUUGUUGUAUUAAUUUUCACUAUGAAGAAAAUAUAUCAAGGAAAAAAUACCAAGGCAUCAGAAAAUGGAAGAAAAGAUAUGAAUGAAGCAAACUUAGAACCCUUAAAUAAUGAUGGAUAUUUUGUACCUUCUUCAGACAAUGAAGCACAUAUGUAAGGGGAAGAAAAGAAUAUGUUGCUGUGUUUUACACUAACAUUGUAUUAAAGUAGUAGGAUGUUA